UUGAAGAAGUGGUCGAAAGUGCGAAGAUUCACCAAGAGGCAUACCCGACAGAUCUAGAAGCCAGUUUGUCUGAUGAAUUAGUACAGUUUUCUGGUUUUCUCCGCACAGAUUUUGCUAUGAAAUCAUUGGAUGUAACUAUAACUGCUUCUGCCUCUGAUGAAUCUGACGACGAAGAUGACUUGACGAAAGAUGACAACGACGUCACAUUGAACCUAGAUUCAUUGGAAUUGCGCAUGUACAGGCUUCUUUUGGAGAACAAUCUGGAAACUAUUUCCGAACACUGUAAUCGCAUUACAGCCUGA